AUGGCCGCCCCCAGUCCUUAUGGUAGCGUCAGCGACGAGGCCCGUCGUCGCUACGAAGAGCGCUACACCAGGAAGGCCGCCGAGGAUCAGGCCAAGCGGGAAGCCGAAGCUCGCGCAGCCCAGCAGCAGCAGCAGCAGCCUCAGCAGCAAGCUGGCUACGGUGGCGCCGCGCCGCCUCCCGGCUCUUCCCAGCAGGCAUACGGUCAACCUCCCCAGCAGCAGCAGCAGCAGCAACAACAGUACGCUCGGCCUCCUCCUCGCGGCGACUCGUACCAGCAGGCUCCUCCCCAGGCGUCGUACGCGCAACCUCCACCGAGAACGUCCUCGGCGCAAGGCCACGGCCGGCCUGGCCCAGCCUCACCGGCUCAGGCCUACGCCCAGCAGUACCAGCAGCACACGCAUCCGGCCCCGCCACAACACCAGCAGCAGCAGUAUGCUCAACAGCAGGGUCACGGCCAGCAGCCUCCACAGCAGCAGUACCAACAGGGUCCUCCACGCCAGCAUGGUGUCCAGCUGACAGACGGCCCUCCUCCUCAGCAACAGCGCCCGCAGCAGCAGCAGCAGCAGCAGUACCAGGACCCCAGGCAGCAGGAGAUCCGGCAACAGCACCGCCAGUCGAGCGGGUCUCAGGACCGUCAGAGCUUCCAGGCCCCGCCGCCUCAGGCUGGUGUCGACGAGCUGCACAGCCUCUUUACGCACUUCGACUCGGGCCGCCAGGGCCAGCUCAGCUACCUUGACCUACAGCGUCUCCUCGCCAAGGACGGGACGGUCGAGGCGCGUGAGGACUGCGUCAAGAUGCUCAUGAAUAUCUUCGACACGGACCGCAGCGGCUCGAUCAACUUCAUGGAGUUCGAGGGCCUGUAUCGCUACAUCCAGGACUGGCACGGCAUCUUCAAGCGCUUCGACCAGGACAACUCGGGCCUGAUCGACCGCCUCGAGCUGCAGGCCGCGCUGCAGGGCUUUGGCUUCUCACUGCCGGCUGGCAUGGUUGCCAAGCUCGAGAAGCGCUUCUCGCCUCCGAUGAAGCCGGGAGAGACACAGUCGGCUGGCAUCACCUUCGACCGCUUCCUGAUGGCCUGCGUCACGGUCAAGCACUACACUGAGGAAUUCCGGCGUCUCGACCCCAACAACGUUGGCCAGGCGACCAUGGACUACACCUCGUUCAUGGGUAUUGUCAUGGAUGCGCCCUCUUAA